UACACAUAAACAACUAAAUUGACUCUAUAGAACAUAUAAAAACUCUUUGACAUUUGUGAUUUGAAGAUUCUACAGAUUAUAAAAUGAAUCUAAGGAAAUAUAUAAAGUUUAAAGUGCGUACAGUGAUAGCAAUGCUACAAUCGGUAAAAAUGAAAGUUUUCAUUAUAACUGUGUUAUUAGUUGUAUAUUUUAUUAUGUUUUUCGUUGUGCUGGAAUUUUGGUAUUCAACAAAAAUUGGGCAAGUGGAAGGCAGUUUGAAUUUGGAACACGUUACCGUCCACAUUGAUAUGAAGGGAUCACCUCCGAAGUUGACAUACUUGAAAUCAUUACUGCCUGAGUUACAAGAGUUAGGUGUGACUGGACUUCUGUUAGAGUAUGAAGAUAUGUUUCCAUACGAAGGAAGACUGGUGAACAUAAGUGCUACUAAUUGUUAUGAAAAAACUGAGCUAUACGACUUUGUUUCAUUUGCUACUCAAUUAGGGCUUGAAGUGAUACCAUUGGUUCAGACAUUUGGUCACAUGGAACACGUAUUAAAACUGGCAGAAUUUAAACAUUUGAGGGAAGUGCCGCUGUACCCAGACUCCAUUUGUCCAAGCAAGGCAGAAACUCAUGGUCUAAUCAAGGAUAUGUUGGAACAGGUUAUGAUAUUCCACAAUGAAAUAACACCUCUGAAGCAUUUCCACAUUGGAUGUGAUGAGGUAUUUCAAAUAAACAAAUGCCACUUAUGUACUCGAAGAGGGCUCAGAGAUACGGAAAUAUUCGUUUCGCAUUUAAAAGCUGUAACGGAUAUUGUUAAAGCAGCUAGUCCAAACACAACCAUAUUGAUUUGGGAUGACAGUUUAAAAAACAUUCCACUGUAUAAAUGGGAAUCAUUUGUACAAGAUAUCGACGUCGAACCAGUAUGCUGGGACUAUGGAACAAGUGUAUCAGUGUCUCAUGUAAACCUGAUGAAGUAUCAUGAGAAAUUUGGAAAUAUAUGGGUGGCUUCAGCUUUUAAAGGCGCCGAUGGUCGAAGUGCCUCAUUUCCAGAUAUUAGAAGGCGAUUACAUAAUCAUUAUAGUUGGUUGACGAAUAUUUAUAACUAUAAAUUUGGAAGUGAAAACAUGGUGUAUAAAUUUAAAGGUAUAAUACUCACUGGUUGGUCGAGAUACAGCCAUUUUGAUCCCCCUUGUGAACUUUUACCCGUGUCUAUACCCAGUUUAUUCUUUAACUUGAUACUUAUCAAACAUUUUAAAACAUAUGGCCAAUUUUUCAACAACGAGUCAACGAGUCUAAGCACGUAUAUUUCUACAUAUUUUAAAGAUGAAUUUAUGUCUACCCUCAAAUGCAGUGACGUGGUCAAUCUCGACUUCAUUGAUGGUCAACAGUGCCUUUAUAAUGGACAUGAAUUGUUCACCAAUUUGAAACAUCUUGAAAUUAUAUCAUCUGAAAUAUAUUCAAAUUUGAAUGAUGAAACAAAUGAUUUAGCUUCGAUUGCGUUUUAUACUAAAACCUUUAAUGUUAAUAUGAACAAGCUAAAGGAUAAUAUUCAAUUUUGUAACGAUACUCUCAAAGAGUUAUGGCAUAUAGAAGUUAAUUUAAGACGUAAACUUAAGAUGUAUUAUGGAGAAUGGUUUGUUAAUGAGUAUGUUGAUUACAAAAUGUAUAAUUUGGUAACUAAGAUACAAGAGCUGUUAACACACCUGAAGGAAAUGAUGAAAGUUCGUUCAUGGGGUAGGAGGCCUUACAGAUGACUUAUGGUAGUAAUUAUAAUAUAGUAUUUAAGGUUUCUAGCUUAGAUUAAGGAUUGGUCUCCGCUGAGCCGAGCCAGUCUCGAACAA